AUGUCACUUGGAAGAUUUCUGCUUUCAUCUGCAUCCUUCAUUUUUUAUCGCAAACUUGGCACAUUCUUCUUUCUUUUGUGGCUUUGUCGCACUAUCGAACCGAAGUACCAAGGACUCUCUCUCUCUCUCUACCAGUUCAGUUGGAGCGUAGCUAUGGAUCCGGCAGAGCUUAGACAGAUGGAAGAUGACACAAGUCCAAUGAUGAAAGCUAUAAAGGGUGCAACCUCAGGUCUAGUUGCAGGCACAAUUUGGGGUACCAUUGUUGCUACUUGGCAUGAUGUGCCUCGAGUUGAGAGGAGCAUUGCACUUCCAGGUCUAAUUAGGACAUUGAAGAUGAUGGGUAAUUAUGGGAUGACUUUUGCUGCUGUUGGCGGUGUCUACAUUGGUGUUGAUCAAGUGAUGCAGAAGUAUAGGAUGAAAAGAGACUUUGUUAAUGGUGCUGUUGGUGGAUUUGUUGCCGGUGCUUCCGUUCUGGGUUAUAAAGGAAGGAGCAUAUCCACAGCAAUCUCUGCGGGAGCAGCACUUGCAGUGACUUCUGCUGUCAUUGAUGCUGGAGGUCAGACCACGAGAACUGAUAAUGGCAAGGAGUACUAUCCUUACACCCUCAAGAAGAGGCCUAAUGUGGAAAGCUAG